UCUGAAUGUUACCUCAGCGUCCCUCCCCCCUUGUCAUACGAUGGUCCCUCCCACGUUAACCCCGGCAGGCAGGGCGCCCUCUGGUGGCUUUCCCGUAACAGUGAGUAGGGCAAGAGCUGGGACUCCCCGUGGCUGCUCCGCUCCGCUCUGCUCAGCUCCAGAGCUGGUUCUCUCAGCCGCCGGUGUGUGAUUCUGCGCACACUGACACCCGGAGCCCUGUCAUUCUGCACUGUGAGCAGUCGGGAGUGAGUCCGGCGGAACGCAGAGCCCGACUCCGGCAUGGCUUCGGGAGACCUAUACGAGGUUGAAAGAAUUGUUGACAAAAGAAAAAAUAAAAAAGGGAAGUGGGAGUACUUAAUUCGCUGGAAAGGAUAUGGCAGUAAUGAGGACACGUGGGAGCCAGAGCACCACCUUCUACACUGCGAAGAAUUCAUUGAUGAAUUUAAUGGACUUCCUGUAUCCAGAUCAAAAAAGACUAAAGGUGGAAAACCAUCAGUAGUUGCAAAGCUUUUAGGAGGAUCAUCUUUACAGAAAAUGGCUCUAAGACCGCCAGAGAAUGUGAGGUCAAAAGGUACGUCUCAGAGACGUAGGCGAAUACACUCUUUUUCUAAGCAGAAGAAAGUGUGCACAGCUAAAUAUUCUCCUGGGGACAGAGCUACAAAGACAGUUACUUACAGAACUACUCCCAGUGGACUGCAAAUAAUGCCCCUGAAAAAAACUCUAGAGAAUGGAGAUUCUGACAAUCACAAAGAAUCAAAACAUUUUGAAAAUGCCUCUGAGCCCUGCAAACCUGACAUGAAUGAUGACAAAAGAACAGAAGACUUGACACAUGGUUUAGAAGCACAUGGUUCACCUAUUGUAAAUGGACUAGGAGAAAGUUUGACAAAUGGAGGAUUAAAUCCCCACAGCCCAGUUAAGAGAAAGCUAGAUGUUGAAAAAGACUAUGUGUUUGAUAAGCGGUUAAGAUACAGUGUCCGACAGAAUGAAAGUAACUGUCGCUUCCGGGACAUUGUAGUGAGGAAAGAAGAUGGUUUUACGCACAUUCUCUUGUCCAGUCAAACAUCAGACAACAAUUCAUUAACACCAGAUAUCAUGAAGGAAGUCCAAAGGGCUCUAUGUAAUGCUUCAUCAGACGACAGCAAGCUUCUGCUUCUUAGCGCUGUCGGCAGUGUAUUCUGUAGUGGCUUAGAUUAUUCAUAUCUUAUCGGAAGACUAUCUGCAGACAGGAGAAAAGAGAGCUCAAGAAUUGCAGAGGCUAUAAGGGACUUUGUCAAGGCCUUUAUCCAAUUCAAGAAGCCUAUUGUGGUGGCUAUCAAUGGUCCAGCACUUGGUCUAGGGGCGUCUAUUUUACCACUAUGUGAUAUUGUUUGGGCAAGUGAGAAAGCUUGGUUUCAAACUCCAUAUGCCACCAUUCGCCUGACCCCUGCUGGUUGUUCAUCAUAUACAUUUCCUCAGAUUCUAGGUGUUGCUCUGGCAAAUGAAAUGUUAUUUUGUGGAAGAAAACUCACCGCACAAGAAGCCUGCAGCCGAGGGCUUGUGUCGCAGGUGUUUUGGCCCACAACUUUUAGUCAAGAGGUGAUGUUGCGAGUCAAAGAAAUGGCUGCUUGCAGUGGCGUGGUUCUAGAAGAAUCUAAAUGCCUAGUCAGAAGCUUUCUGAAGUCUGUAUUGGAAGAUGUUAAUGAGCGAGAGUGCCAGAUGCUCAAGCAGCUAUGGAGCUCACCCAAAGGCCUAGACUCCUUAUUCAGCUACCUUCAGGACAAGAUUUAUGAAGUCUGAUUAUGUUUUGUCAAUAAAGUGGUUUCACUUCUACCUUCAAAUCUCUGGCUACCUUGAAAGUUGUUUGGGACAGGACAAUGUCUUUAUAUGCCCAAAAUUAUGCAAUGAGGUAUUCCACAGACUCUUAUUACUGCUUCCAGAUUUGUUUUAUGUUUAAGUGCUGGUAUAGGCUAUAUAAUGUACAAUUUACUGAAUGCUGUAACUUUCAUUAUUACAUUCCAUUUGCUAGAAAUGCACUUUGUCAACAUAUAAUAUUAUAUUUACCAUGUGUACCAAAUCAUUUCACUUGGUAUAAGAACAUUGCAUUGAUACUGAUGCUGUUUGAACUACGUAUCCUUUUGAAGUAAUAAUGUGAGAAUUGCACUUUGUUUCUAUUUUUUAAUUAUUGGUUUAUGUCUUGUACUAAAGUGAUUUGUGUAUAUAAUAUGUUGAUAUUCUUCCUGGAGAAACCAAACAUUGGGAGUGGUGUUUUGACUUUUUUUUCUGUAAAUAAGCUAUGCGAACUAAUUUAUUUCAGUUUUGUACUUAGCAUUUGGAAUUAACUGAGAAAAUGUUUGGUGGUAUUAUGUAUGUCAAUCAUAGUCUACAGGCAUCUCGUGGGUGCAUUGUUAUCAAUGCAAGACAAACAGCUUUUUUUGAAAUGCAUGAAUUGAGGACAUGGGAAUCUUCUGAAUGUAAAAAAGGUACCUAGCCAAAAAAAUGCUAAUAUCCACAAACAAGAAUUCCAUUUCCUUCAAGGGCAAAACUUUUAUUUUGGCAUUUUGGAACCUGAUUUUUAUUUUCUCAGCUUUAGAGAAAUAGUUAUUUUUGUACUAUGAAAGGGAUCAGAUAAUCCAGAAAGGACAUUUUUGAAAAGUCCGUAGAAGAAAAAGCAUCUUGCAGUGAGUAAUUAGUUUUUCUUUAUUCCAAAUAGUUUCAUUUCAGAGUCUCCUGGUAUUUAAACCAAGCAGGUAAUACCCAAAUGUGGUGAUACCGGUGGUUUCAUUCAGAAGUAUAAAAUAGUGUUUGACUUAGCCUGAUCUGUCACUAAUAUCAUCUGGAGGUAUUCUAGGCACAAAACAUUGUCUUUACUUGGCUUAUGACACUUCACAAUUGGGAUGAGAAACCAAAUAUGGAUGAAAUAAUUUUGGUCUCUACAGUGGGGAUUUUUAUCUCCAAUAUGAUUUUGGUAACUUUUUUGGCAGAUAUAAAUUCCCUUAUUGUUUUAUGGUUCUCUUUGCCAUAUAUUUGUCAUUUGUUUGUUUAUCUGCACUUCUUAGCAACUUUAGAGAGAUUGUGGGGUAAUCAAGUAGGGAUAGCAUUUACAUAACAUAGUAGUAAGGCCUGUAAACAAGGGGUGCUGCUAUUGCUGCUGACUCAGCAGUAGUCAAACCUCCUGAAAUAGCCUGUUGCUGCUUUCUGUGGCAAAUGAGAAUUGCAAAUGCUCUUCUUAUGGUACAAACUGGCAUGUAAAAGGCGAUUUCUGCCAACGAACACAAAUGUGAGCAUUUCUGAGCAGAGGCUGCUUGGUAUCACCAGUGUUUGCUAUGCUUGGUAAAUGGUGAGCGGUGAUUUCAGGAGUUUUGACCUCUGCUGGUUUUCGCCUGAGAACAAUGGUAGUCAAUAUGCUAGUGUACUGUAGGGCUAGUGGUAUGGAUGGUGUAGCAGUUUUAAGCUAUUAAUUGCCACUUAAUGCCAAUCUUCUGUUUAUAAAAUAUUAAGUUUGCAUUCUGGAGUUGCGCUGUUAUAACGGCACCUUGACAUUUGUCUUCGAAUACAAGCCUUGAAAUGGGUCACAAAGCAAUUGACUGUGCAUAUUUAUUUUGCGAUGGAGUUAUAAUAAUAAUUAUAUUUUAGAUUUGUACAUUGUUAUAGUGUAUUUACCUGAUAGUCUGUUAUAUAUAUAUUUUCUGCAGUUGGCUGAAAACUGUAUUUAGCCCAUCAAUUCUGGAUUAGGAGCAUAGGUAUUCUCUGUUACAGAAGGGGGAUCUAAUGAAAUAAUGUUUAAAAUGGAAUAACAUUGGAAUAAAGCAUUUCCUGCAAGUGACUACAACAUAUCAUGUGCAUUAAAAAUAAAGUUUAUUAACAUCUGUUAAAGGGUUGCACCCAGGCCCUGGAUUUGUGGGUAGGCCACAUUUGUUUCUUCCCAGAGUGUUAGGUAAAUAGGCCAGCUGGAGAUUCCCCACUUAUUUCAAAGCAAAUUUAUAACAUUAUGUUUUAGUAGUAUUUGUGCAAAUUUUCAGAAAACAAAACCCAUAAAAAAUGCCUUAAAAUGUUAUUUAGUUCCUCUUAUGACAUAUUCCAUAAACAAAAGUUACCAUUGUGCAUUUCUGUGCAUCACAUCAGGGGACCAAAAUCAUCUGGCUCUGUUUGUUGAAGCUGUUGUUAUGUCAGGACUGAGCCAAAAUAAAGCCACAUGAGCAAACCCAUUUAAAUUGCUGCUGCAGGCCACCCAACUGCAGAUAUAGAAUUCUGGUGUGGCUGCAACAACUGGUAAGCACAAGAAUUAGAAUGAACCAUUUUGCUGCUAAUACUGUCACUAACCUGCUGUUCUUAGAAGCAAUGUGACUUCGGGCAGUCUGGCAGGAAGGCAAAAAAAAUACAGUUAUUAGUAAAAGUCACAUUGGGGAACACUAUACUUUGUGACUGAGUGAAUGUGGCAUGCCAGAAAAAUAGAUAACAGCAGAUUUACCUAAAUAUGCUUACAUACAGAGGGUUAUACAACCUAAACUACCCAAACGUUGCCAUAUUUGCAGUGCUCUUUGUUAUGCCAUGCAGCUGGACUGCUAGGCAGUAUCUGUUUCAGGUUUCUUGUAAUGAGAAUAGAAAUUAAAUGGAGUCAUGUGCCAGGCAGCCAGGGACAAAAUCACUGCUUCUGGUCUAAAACUGCAAGCUAAAAUACAAAUAGCUUCACUCAGACUGGGAUGCUAGGGGCUUAACAGAAAACCUCAGAUCUUAGGACCUCCCUCCAGUCUCUUUUCUUUACAUACUAUAAUCUGUCUCUCUAUUUAUUUAUCCCCCUUAUUCCCAUACAGAUAUAGGUAAUGACCAUGAAACAUACCAAAUGGUUAGAUGCAGGAGGUCCUCUAGGAGUUUUCCUGAUGGGCCAGUCUGACACUGAAUAGCUUCAGUGUAAUGUAAGUCACUGACACUCAAGCAGUGUAAAUUCUACAUUCCAGCAUCACCACAGUUUGGGUGGAAGUGUAUUUAUAUGAAUGCCAGGAUUCCUUGUACAGGAACCCUCACUCUAAUUUUUGGUGUAUACACUAAUUUUGGUGUAUACAAACACAUGCCUAGCAGGGAGGGCAUCUGUUACUGAGAGUUACACAUCAUAAAACAAAAUGAAACAAUAUGUAUUUCUAACUUACAUACAUGAUUAUCCUGUGAAAUUAGAAUUACAGAAAGGUGUAUUACCCACAUACAUAACAAGAGAAUGUUUUUUUUCUAGCAGUGUGUAAUAUAUUACCUGAUCUGUAGGACUUAAUAACAAUCUCAUGAGUGAAAAUGUAGAAAAAAAAAACCCUGUUUAUUCAUAUUGUGGGGUGAGAACACUGGGCCUGCGGUUCUACUGCUCCACUGUACUAUCCAGCUGUGUGGUAGUGUAUAAUGUACAGAAAUAUAAUGCAAGGAUGCUGAAGGUUUGGAAAUUGUACAAAUCUAUUUUUUCCACUUUAUGAACACUUCAGCACUGCAUAUUUCUGAUAAUGGCAUGCCAUGUCCACUUAAAUGGGUUGUUUGGCUUUGAAUUAACUUUUAGUAUGAUGUAGAUGUUACAUCUUUGCUGUUUUACAGUUUGUAAUAACAGCUUUCUCAUUGCUUGGGUUCAAAUGACCUUAGCGACCAGGUAGUGGAUUGGAUGAAAAACUGGAAUAUGAAGAGGAGAGAGUCUGAAUAGAAAGCAAAUUGAGAGAGAGCAACACUUUAAGGGCUACCGGGGUCAGUGAUCCCCAUGUGGAAGCUGGAGAGAGAAGGCGGCAAUAAUUCAAAAACUACAAAAAAUUGAGAUUGAAAUGUUGCUAAGAAUUGGCCAUUCUAUAACAUACUAAAAGUUAUCUUAAAGGUGAACCACCCUUUUAAGAGACUUCUGAAUGUUAAAGGCCCUAGUGAGUACAAAUGUAUUUCCCUGUAAUCUAUGUGUUGAGCAACACAAUUUAUAAACGAGAGGCCCAAUUUCAUCACUAAGUACAUGCUGGGGUUCCAUUCAUUGAGCUAUCACAGAAUACAUUGUGAGCACAGAACUCCUUUAGUCACAGAAUGAUAUUUGUCAGACAAAAUACAUUUGUGCAAUAAAGAGAAGUUGGGCUGUGUAUACCACACUCGCAUUCAUUCAUCUAUGAAUUACAUUAAAAUACGAGUCUUAUCUUGCCGAAUGCUGUAAAAACAAAAUGUAUCAAAAGGCUGUGCUGCGCCCAGGCAACCCAUGUGACAGGUGAACUGAAAUUGAUUCCCUGAAUGAACGCUUAAAGGUGUACAUGUGGCUAAUAUAUUUGAAAGAGCCAAGUCACAAAUUCAUUGUACAUAAUUCUUCAGCAGGGAAGUUAGAAAGGCGCUAAUCACUUGUAGUAGGCCAGCAGGGACUAGGCCACAUUUGCCAAAAAUGUCAGCCAAACAAGAAUCUGUAUUUCUUUAUUAGAUUUGUUUUUUUCUCCCCUAGUGUUUUCUAUUCAGACAAUGAGGAUAUUUUGUGGCAAAAUAUCUUGGCCAAGGUUAUCUCAAGAAGUAGCUAAUCCAAGCUAUCCAAGGGUUCAAUGCAGGGUGCGUAUAGUUUUUCUGCCUUCUCUCACAAAUAAAAAAUUAUAUAUUUUUUAGAUAACGUGAUGCAGGCCAAACAUGUAUAUUUCCUUUAACAAAAUGGUACUGGCCUCCUUUUUUUAUAAUACUGUACAUAUUUUUUCUGAUGUCCAUACAAAUAUUCACCAUGUUUAAAGCAAGAUGAUUUGUUACUGGUCCUGUAACUAGAGAAUGGACACAUUUCUGGGUGCCUUAGAAGUUGUAAUUUUCAUGUGUGUUAAAUUACAGUAUUUAUACGUUGUGAGAUGCUGCUUUGAAUAAAUAAUAUUCAAAAUUC